UGAAAGUGUUUGGGGAGAUCAGACGUUGCUGUCUGGUGCUCCUCUCUCUUAGUGGCCAUCAUGUCUUUGACAUCUGCUUACCAGCAUAAAUUAGCAGAGAAGCUCACUAUCUUGAAUGAUCGCGGUCAGGGGGUUCUCAUCCGUAUGUAUAACAUCAAGAAGGUAAGCAUGAACAAUGGGACCAGUCCUGAUUAUUCCAACAAUAAUAGGGCGGGGAACUUGGCCAUCAUGUCUUUGACAUCUGCUUACCAGCAUAAAUUAGCAGAGAAGCUCACUAUCUUGAAUGAUCGCGGUCAGGGGGUUCUCAUCCGUAUGUAUAACAUCAAGAAGUACGUCACCUUCUCUUUGAUUUUUAUUAAUUCUUGUCUUCAUUUCCACCCCCAGGAUCAUGUAUAUGAACUUCUCAAUACCAUUGAUGCCUGCCAAUGCCAUUUUGAUAUCAAUCUCAACUUUGAUUUCACUCGGAGUUACCUGGACUUGAUUGUGACUUACACCUCAGUCAUUUUACUUCUGUCACGGAUUGAAGAUCGACGGAUACUCAUUGGCAUGUACAAUUGUGCCCAUGAGAUGCUGCAUGGGCAUGGUGACCCCAGUUUUGCCCGUCUGGGUCAGAUGGUCUUGGAGUAUGACCACCCUCUGAAGAAGCUGACAGAAGAGUUUGGGCCUCACACAAAGGCUGUGAGUGGAGCCCUCCUCUCUUUGCAUUUCCUCUUUGUCCGAAGGAACCAGGGGGCUGAGCAGUGGCGCAGUGCCCAACUUCUCAGCCUCAUCAGCAAUCCCCCAGCCAUGAUUAACCCUGCCAAUUCAGAUACAAUGGCCUGUGAGUAUCUGUCUGUGGAAGUCAUGGAGCGCUGGAUCAUCAUUGGGUUUCUUCUUUGUCAUGGGUGCCUCAACUCCAACAGCCAGUGCCAGAAGCUGUGGAAGCUGUGUCUGCAGGGCUCCUUGUACAUCACCCUCAUCCGUGAGGAUGUGCUGCAGGUGCACAAAGUCACCGAGGACCUGUUUAGCAGUUUGAAAGGGUAUGGCAAGCGAGUGGCAGACGUAAAGGAGAGCAAGGAGCAUGUAAUUGCAAACAGUGGCCAGUUUCAUUGUCAACGGCGGCAAUUUCUGCGGAUAGCAGUGAAGGAGCUGGAGACUGUGUUGGCUGAUGAACCGGGACUGCUGGGUCCCAAGGCUCUUUUUGCUUUCAUGGCCCUGUCCUUCAUUCGUGAUGAGGUCACCUGGCUGGUUCGCCACACAGAGAAUGUCACCAAGACAAAGACACCUGAGGACUAUGCUGACUCGAGCAUUGCAGAGCUACUUUUCUUGUUGGAGGAGGUUAGGUCUCUUGUCCGAAGACACAUCAAAGUGAUACAGCAAUACCACCUUCAGUACUUGGCAAGAUUUGAUGCUCUUGUGCUCAGUGACAUCAUUCAGAACUUGUCUGUGUGUCCAGAGGAGGAGUCCGUCAUCAUGUCCUCAUUCGUCAGUACCCUCUCGUCUCUGAAUCUCAAACAAGUUGAUAAUGGAGAGAAAUUUGAAUUCUCAGGAUUGAGGCUGGACUGGUUCCGCCUACAGGCAUACACUAGUGUGGCUAAGGCCCCUCUGCACCUGCAUGAGAACCCUGACUUAGCCAAGGUGAUGAACCUCAUUGUCUUCCACUCCCGAAUGCUGGACUCAGUAGAAAAACUACUGGUGGAAACUUCUGAUCUGUCUACUUUCUGCUUUCAUCUCCGUAUCUUUGAGAAGAUGUUUGCCAUGACCUUGGAGGAACCUACCAUGUUGCGUUAUGCCAUUGCUUUCCCCCUGAUUUGUGCUCACUUUGUCCACUGCACUCAUGAGAUGUGCCCAGAGGAGUACCCCCACCUGAAGAACCAUGGUCUUCACCACUGCAACUCCUUCCUGGAAGAGUUGGCCAAGCAGACCAGCGAUUGCGUCCUGGAGAUCUGUGCUGAGCAGCGAAACCUGAGCGAGCAGCUCCUACCUAAGCACUGUGCCACUACAAUCAGCAAAGCCAAGAACAAGAAAACCGUGAAGCAGAGGCAGACUCCCAGGAAAGGAGAGCCUGAGAGGGACAAGCCAGGAGCUGAGAGUCACCGAAAGAACCGCAGCAUUGUUACCAACAUGGACAAGCUACACCUAAACUUGACAGAACUGGCACUGACAAUGAAUCAUGUAUACAGUUUCUCUGUGUUUGAACAUACUCUCUUCCCUUCUGAGUACCUCAGCAGCCACCUGGAGGCCAGACUCAACAGAGCCAUUGUGUGGCUGGCUGGCUACAAUGCCACGACCCAGGAGAUCGUACGGCCUUCUGAGCUGUUGGCAGGAGUCAAAGCAUACAUUGGUUUCAUACAGUCACUGGCCCAGUUUUUGGGUGCAGAUGCUUCCAGAGUCAUCCGCAACGCCCUCCUACAGCAGACACAACCACUGGAUUCUUGCGGGGAGCAGACAAUCACCACUCUCUACACAAACUGGUACCUGGAAAGUCUGCUUAGACAGGCAAGCAGUGGGACCAUCAUCUUCUCCCCAGCCAUGCAAGCCUUCGUCAGCCUGCCCAGAGAAGGGGAGCAGAACUUCAGUGCAGAGGAGUUCUCUGACAUCUCUGAGAUGCGGGCCUUGGCUGAACUCCUGGGCCCCUAUGGCAUGAAGUUCCUGAGUGAAAACCUGAUGUGGCAUGUGACCUCUCAGAUUGUGGAGCUGAAGAAGCUGGUGGUGGAAAACAUGGACAUACUUGUUCAGAUCAGAUCCAACUUUAGCAAGCCGGACUUGAUGGCUUCUCUGCUGCCCCAGCUGACAGGGGCUGAAAAUGUGCUAAAGCGCAUGACCAUCAUUGGGGUUAUCCUCAGUUUUAGGGCCAUGGCCCAAGAGGGACUUCGGGAGGUUUUCUCCUCCCACUGCCCAUUUCUUAUGGGUCCCAUUGAGUGCUUGAAGGAGUUUGUCACUCCAGACACAGACAUCAAGGUGACCCUGAGUAUCUUUGAGCUGGCAUCUGCUGCAGGUGUGGGCUGUGACAUUGACCCAGCCUUGGUGGCUGCCAUUGCUAAUCUGAAAGCUGAUACUUCAUCUCCUGAGGAGGAAUAUAAGGUGGCCUGCCUGCUCUUGAUCUUUCUGGCAGUUUCCGUCCCAUUCCUCGCCACCGACCCUUCUUCCUUUUAUAGCAUUGAGAAGGAUGGUUACAACAACAAUAUUCAUUGCUUGACCAAAGCCAUCAUCCAGGUGUCUGCUGCCCUCUUCACGCUGUACAACAAGAACAUUGAAACUCACCUCAAGGAAUUUCUGGUGGUGGCCUCUGUCAGCCUCUUGCAGCUGGGCCAGGAGACUGACAAGCUUAAAACCAGAAAUCGCGAGUCCAUUUCUCUGCUCAUGCGCUUGGUGGUGGAGGAGUCAUCCUUCCUGACCCUGGACAUGCUGGAGUCCUGUUUCCCUUAUGUCCUGCUUCGAAAUGCCUAUCGGGAGGUGUCCCGGGCCUUCCACCUAAACCGAGUUUCUGCCAAUACCCACUGAAGAGCCCUUCGGACCUUCCUAAACCCUUGCCAUAGUGGAAGCUGUGGUCACUUUCUCAAGGGGUGGGAAUGGGGUGGGGUCACUAAGAAGAGGGUCGGAAGCCAGAGUUGAUGAACAGAUCUGUGGAAGAACAAUCCAGGGCUGAGAAAUCGUAGAGCAGUGAGGCAGGCUGGGGGCAUGGAGGACAGUUUAUGGAAAAAGUUAGGGUGUGGGGCCACUUGUGUGAAUUUUACAAUGAAAAAAGGAGUAAUGUACAGGUAUAUUUUCUAUCUUCUGGUGACUUGAGCUUGAGCUCUGACAGGCAUGGGCCUCUCCGACCUUCAUCACUAUUCUUAGGAUAAUGCUGGCAGGCAGAGAUGAUCAAUCAUCAUAUUAAACCAUAAUGAGCUUAUAAUCCUCCCACUGGA